AUGCUUAUCAAAUUCAUAUUAACAUCUAGUCUAACAUUGUUAGCAAUUGUCUUAAAAAAGAGACUUGAUCCAAUGAUUGCUAGAUUUAUUAAAUUUAUUUGUGAAAUAGUUUCAAUCAGUUAAUUAAUAUCAAAAGAUGAAUGGAAUAGUUUAGCCAUUCUACCACUGAUGUUUGAUAAAGGAAUUUUUAUGAAAAACUAAGAAAAAUAUCAUUAUUCCUAUGAUUAUCUCAUUAUUAAAGUGUUAAGUUUAACUUAUGCAUCACUUUAUUGGAACAACUAGGUUUUAAUUAUAAUUAUAUGCAAUUCUAUUGUACUUGAGAUUUAUUAAAUUAUUUUGUUGUAUGUAACAAAUAAGCAAACAUAAAAAUAUAAAUUAGAAACUCAUCAAAAACUAAUUUCUGUUGAUGGAUAGAAAAUCAAUAGUGAAAAUAUAAAUUUAGUUGAAAAUUAAAUGAAAAAUGAAGAAAUUAAUAAAGAUGAUAUUUUCACAAAAUUUUAAGUUCAAAACAAUAAUGAAAAUCUAAUUAAUAAUGAAGAACUUUGGAUAAAGAGAAUGCAUGCUAUACCAAUUUCAAUUAUUAUUUUAAAUAAAACAUCUUUAGCUAUUAAAUUUAAGAAUGAGACAGCCAGGAAGAAUUUUAAUACAUUAUGUUAUAAUGAUAAUGAAAUUAAUGAUUUAAUAAUGAAUAAAUUAGAAUUCACAUUUAUAGAGGAUAGUUUAGAAAUGUUAAAAAAUUCUAGUAGCUAUAUUAUAAGAAAAUAAUUUUUAAAUAAACCUGUUAAUUAAACAUUUUCAAGUUAAUUUGAUAUUGAAAAUUUAAAAAAAUUAUCACUUUCAUAAAUUUCAUAAAAUUUCUUAGCAGGUGCUUAUUAAUAUCUAAUGAAACCAUAUUCUAAUUCAAUUGAAUUAUAUUGCCAUUAAAUUUUAGAUUCAUAAUAAUUUUAAAUCAAUGGAACAAUAUUUUAUAGUAAUGGAGAUGAUGAAUUAACUAUUAUAUUAUCAGACAUAUCUAAAUAAAUGCAAUUAUAAUAAUUCAUUGUUAAAGAUGAAUUUUAAAAGAAAGUACUUUUUCUUAAUAUUGUAGGUCAUAGAAUCACUCUCACAUGAACUUAAAACACCAUUGAAUAGUUCAAUAAACUUUAUUAAAUCUGCAAUGGCUGAUGAAUAAUUACCAUUGUCUAUUAAAUAAUAAUGUUUAGAACCUGCCUCAAUAGCCUUAUAGUUAUAAUCAUAUAUAAUCAACGAUGUCAUAGACUUUUCAUAAUUCUACAAUAAUAGUUUAGAUGUUUGUGUAAAAGAAUUUGAAAUAAAAGAUGUAAUAAAUGAAAUAACCAGCAUUUUUAAUUUAUAAUUCUAAGAAAAAGGUUUAAAUUUUGUAAUAGAUCUAACUUAAAAUACUUCAAUUCAUAUGUCAACCGAUUAUAAUAGACUAAUGUAAAUUUUAGUAAAUGUGAUCUAAAAUUCCUUAAAAUAUACAUAUAAUGGAGGUGCAAUUUUAAAAAUUAAGAAUUAAGAAGAUGAUAUAAUAUAAUUUUCUGUUUCUGAUACAGGAAUAGGAAUAAAAUCAGAAAUUACAAAAAAAUUGAACACUUAUGUGAAUCAAGUAGAGAAUUUAAGACAUUUUUCUAAAUUGAAAUCAUGGAAUGGGAUAGGAUUACUUAUUACUAGUAUUUUGUUACAUCAAUUGAAUCCAUAAUUAUCAGAAACUUUUUAAAUUAAAUCUAAAUUAAAUAAAGGCACUAAAUUUAAAUUUAAAAUUAAGUAAAUAUUAAUAGAUGAACUUAACAACAAUACUGAUGAUAUCUCUAGAAAAAAAUCUGUUAAAUUUAGAAGGAAUUCUAAAAAGAAUUGUCAAAAUAAUCUGAUAGGAACACUUAUCUUUGUAAAUGAAAAUGCUAUCAGUAAUUAAAAUCUAGGAUUAAUUAAUAAACCAAAACCUACAUUAAAUAAAAUAUUUAAAGGAAGUACUGAUUAUGAUUAAGAAUCUAUUGAAUCUGAAAAUAAAUAAUAAAAUUUAUCAUAAUAAUACAUAUAAUUAGAGAAUUAACAACAUAAUUUCAUAAUGAACAUAAUUGAUAAAAAAAAGUUAAGUGGAUCAUUUGAAUAACAAUCAAUUAAAUCAUCUAUGAAGUAAGUCAUAUUUAUAAACUUUAGAUCAAAGAUACUUAGUUACACUUAAUUAAAAAUAAUGGAGAGACAAAGUAAUGAUUCUGCAUUAGAAAAUUUUAAGAAGAAUCUAUGUUGUUAAUGCAGAAGGAUAAUGUCAGUUGAUGAUGAAAUUUUUAAUUAAAAUUCAAUUAAAUUAUUAAUUGAGAGAUUCGGUUUUGAAGUUAUUAUUGUAAUUUUAUAUUUAUAUUUUAAGGCUUUUAAUGGUUUGGAGGCCAUUUAAAAAAUAUAAUAACUUUAAAAAUGUUCUAAAGAAUGUGGUUUAUUGAAUCUUAUUUUAAUGGAUUAUUCAAUGCCUGUUAUGGAUGGUAUUGAAUGUACAAUUCAAUUAAAAUAAAUGAUGAAAGAUGAUAUAAUACCAAAUAUCAACAUUAUAGGAUUAACUGCAUUUACUAGUAAAUUAGAAGUAGAAAGUUGUUUGAAUGCUGGAAUGCUAGAAGUACUUUUUAAACCCUUAAAACUUAAUGAUUUUUGUGAACUACUAACAUUAUUAUGA